AUGGGUUCGUUGAGAUUGUCUUUUCCAUUGGACCCAUUCGACUCGAAAAGGUUUCAUUUUUCUGCGAACCCACUUCAGUUUCCUGAUCAAUUUCCAGUUUUUUCAAUUACCUGCAGUGCUCACGCCACUAGAGCCUGCUCGAUCGGUUCUCCGAUUAGGGCUGAUAAAAUUCGAGUCUCUCGUCUCACUACUGAAGCAAACGAGAAUGAUAUUGAUGCUUCUAAGGGAAAUGACUCUGGAAGUGAAGCUAAAGUGGAGAGAAGCUGGAGUUCUAAAUUGAAAGGUGGAAGCAAUGUCACAGAUGGUAAUAAGAGAAAGAAAUAUGUAGCUCGAAAGCUCAGUCUCAGAAGAGAAAGCAAGGAGCUUGAGCUUGAGGGUUUGUUUGUGAACAAUGGGGAAAUAGAUGUUAAUUACUCCGCUAUUAAGCCCGGUUUGAGUUUGGAGCAUUGCAAUGCUAUAUUGAAACGGCUUGAGAGUUGCAGUGACACUAAUGCUAUCAAAUUCUUUAAUUGGAUGAGGUGUGAAGGGAAAUUGGAAGGUAACUUUGGUGCUUAUAGUUUGAUUCUUAGAGUAUUAGGAAGGAGAGAAGAAUGGGACCGAGCCGAGGAACUAAUCAGGGAGUUGUGUGGAUUUCAGGGAUUUCAGAAGAGUUUUCAGGCUUUUAACACUGUUAUAUACGCGUGUUCUAAAAAGGGGAAUGUGAAGUUAAGUUCGAAAUGGUUUCAGAUGAUGUUGGAGUUCGGUGUUCGACCAAAUGUUGCUACAAUAGGUAUGCUAAUGGGUCUUUACCAGAAGAAUUGGAACGUUGAUGAAGCGGAAUUCGUAUUUUCUCAUAUGAGAAAGUUCGGGAUUGUGUGUGAAUCUGCUUACUCCGCGAUGAUAACGAUUUACACGCGUUUGAGAUUAUAUGGUAAAGCAGAGGAAGUUAUACACUUGAUGAAAGAAGAUAGAGUGAGGCUGAAUCUUGAGAAUUGGUUAGUGAUGCUUAAUGCUUAUAGUCAGCAAGGCAAGAUGGAGGAAGCUGAAUCUGCAUUGAUCUCUAUGGAAGCAGCGGGUUUUGCUCCGAAUAUUAUUGCAUACAAUACUCUAAUCACUGGUUAUGGUAAGGUUUCUAAAAUGGAGGCUGCGCAGAGUUUAUUCCACCGCCUCUGUGAUAUUGGUCUGGAACCAGAUGAAACGUCUUACAGGUCAAUGAUCGAAGGUUGGGGCCGCGCUGAUAAUUAUGAGGAAGCAAAACAUUACUACCAAGAGCUGAAGCGGUUGGGGUAUAAGCCCAAUUCUUCAAAUCUGUUUACUCUAAUCAAUUUGCAGGCCAAAUAUGGUGACAACGAUGGUGCUAUUAAGACGAUCGAAGAUAUGGUAAAUGUUGGAUGCCAAUAUUCUUCGAUCCUUGGCAUCAUUCUGCAGGCUUAUGAGAAGGUGGGGAAGAUUGAUGUAGUGCCUUAUGUUCUGAAAGGUUCUUUUCAUAAUCAUAUCCGUUUGAACCAGACGUCUUUCUCAAUACUAGUGAUGGCUUAUAUCAAACAUGGUAUGGUUGAUGAUUGCUUGGUGUUGUUGCGAGAAAAAAAGUGGAGGGACUCGGCAUUUGAGUCUCACUUGUAUCAUCUGUUGAUUUGCUCUUGCAAAGAAUCUGGUCGACUUAAUGAUGCUGUGAAAAUGUACAACCAUACAAUGGAAUCUGAUGAGGAGAUAAAUCUGCACAUUACAUCCACAAUGAUUGAUAUUUACACUGUGAUGGGUGAAUUUGGUGAAGCAGAGAAGCUGUAUUCAAAGUUGAAAUCUUCCGGGGUUGUGUUGGAUAGGAUUGGGUUCAGUAUCGUGGUUCGGAUGUAUAUGAAAGCUGGAUCCUUGGAAGAAGCCUGUUCUGUUCUAGAGAUCAUGGAUGAGCAGAAAGACAUUGUUCCGGAUGUGUACUUGUUUCGUGAUAUGCUUCGGAUAUAUCAGAAGUGUGGUCGUCAGGAAAAGCUCGAGCAGUUGUACUACAGGAUUCGAAAGAGUGGGAUCCAUUGGGAUCAAGAGAUGUACAAUUGUGUCAUAAACUGUUGUGCACGUGCUCUUCCGCUUGAUGAACUCUCAAGAACUUUCGAGGAGAUGAUUCGAUGUGGUUUCACUCCUAAUACAGUUACAUACAAUGUCCUCCUUGAUGUUUAUGGUAAAGCCAAGCUCUUCAAAAAGGUGAACGAGGUUUUCUUGUUGGCGAGAAGACACGGAGUUGUGGAUGUAAUAUCUUACAACACCAUUAUAGCCGCAUAUGGACAGAACAGGGACUUCACAAACAUGUCAUCAGCGAUAAGGAAUAUGCAAUUCGACGGGUUUUCUGUGUCUCUUGAAGCUUAUAACUCAAUGCUAGAUGCAUAUGGGAAAGAUAAACAGAUGGAGAUAUUCAGAAGCAUCUUGAAGAGAAUGAAGUCUACUUGUGAGACGGAUCAUUAUACAUAUAACAUCAUGAUCAAUAUCUAUGGAGAGCAAGGAUGGAUCGAUGAAGUGACGGAUGUGCUGAGAGAACUGAAAGAAUCUGGACUUGGUCCGGACUUGUGUAGCUACAACACGCUGAUAAAAGCGUAUGGUAUAGGCGGAAUGGUUGAAGAAGCUGUUGGGUUGGUGAAAGAGAUGAGAGUAACAGGGAUAACACCUGAUAAAGUAACUUACACCAAUUUAGUCACAGCUUUGCGCAGGAACGAUGAAUUUCUUGAAGCUGUUAAAUGGUCUUUGUGGAUGAAGCAAAUGGGUAUAUAA